CCUUGUCGGUGACGUUCCGUGGAUUCCUACAUUGUUGCAAGAAGUAUCGCGACGUCAACGUGACAGUUGUUAUUUCCCCGCGUCCAGCCCGGAGGCACACAAGCCGAGCCUGUCCGGAGGAGUAGCCCCACUGACGUGGAAGACCUCCAGCCUGGUCCCGCGGGAGCGAAGAGAACGCCCGCUGUGAAGACGUGGGUCAGACCGCCGGCUCCUCCAGGACAAACAUGGAAUAAUCUUUUCGGAGUUUUUUUAAUUUUUUGAUCUCGCCCUGUUCCUCCAAGCUCACAGUCGUCCGGAGAUUUUGUCCCUUGUUUUUAAAAUAACGCUUUCCAUUUAGUUUGGGGAAGGAUUGACCGAUGUCCAUUAUAUUGUUGUGAGCUGUGACGCCCCAGAGGGGCAUUGGAAGGUGUACGUUGGAGUACAACAUGGAGAACCGGGAGAAGUGAGCUCUGUGUUUUGACCAACGGGCUCCACCAUGGCGUCCGAAGAGAGGCUCUACGAGGUGUGGAUGCUCUACUGCAACAAGCGGGACCCUGACUAUCUCAAGCUGUGGCUGGAGAUCUUCAUCGGCUCCUACGAGCGAUGUCUGGACGUGGACUUCGAGAAGCCGCCUUCCAGGCCGGACGAGGUGCCUCCGGUGCUGUCCCUGCUCCCGGACAACAUCCUGCAGGUGCUGCGGCACCAGCUGCUGCAGUGCGUCCAGAAGGCCGCGGAGGGCCUGGAGCCCCAGCAGCUGGCCCUGGCCCUGCUGCUGCUCAAGUUCCUCAUCGUGGUCUGCAGAAACCUGUCAAACGUGGAGGAGAUCGGCACCUGCUCCUACAUCAACCAUGUGAUCAACAUGACCACGCUGUACAUCCAGCAGCUGAAAAGCAAGACCAAGGAGAAGGAGAUGGCCGACCAGACACAGGCCGAGGAGUUUGUCCGUCACGCGCUGGCCUUCUGCGAGAGCCUCUACGACCCCUACCGCAACUGGAGGCACCGGGCGUGCGGGGAGCGGGUGGGCACUGCAGAGAGAAGCAGACAGAAGUUCAAAGCCGCUCCCCUCACAGUGGAGUUCGUCCCCUUCUUCUACCAGUGCUUCCAGGAGAGUGAGCACCUGAAGGACAGUCUGAAGUGCUGCCUGCUCCACCUGUUUGGAGCCAUCGUGGCCGGCGAGCAGAGGAACGCUCUGCUGGCCAUCUCCCCGGCCACCAUGGAGGUGCUGAUGGCCGUGCUGGCCGACAGCGCCACCGGUAGCCAUGGCGACCCGGACGGCGACCCGGACUGGGACGGGGAGGCGCCGGGCCGCCGCGCCCUGCUGACGCUGGGCUGCCUGCGCGAGGUGGUCCACCGGCUGCUGGCCUCCAGCUCGGACCAGCGGCCCGUGGAGAUCGCCUCGGUGCUCGACCUCUACUUCAAGCUGCUCAACUCGGACCCGGCCGCCGCGGCGACGCAGCAUCAGCACCAGCACCAGGGGCCGGGGACCAACCAGACGCAGGCCAAGGCCCGGCCCGCGCCGCUCGGCCGCCACUGGGAGAAGCGCUUUGUGGCGCUGCAAGUGCACAUGCUAGACACCAUCAGGGACAUGUUCCUGUGCUCGGACAGGCCAGUGCUUCAGGCCAUCUUCCUCAACAGCAACUGCUUCGAGCACCUCACGCGGCUACUGCAGAACAGCAAGCUGAUUAACGCCAGGUGCGCUGCGGCGGACAAGGACCAGAAAGAUAUAGCCAACAACAGGUUACUGACAGGAACGCGAGAGGACAGUGAGCCUCAGGUGUUCCAGGGCCGACUGGAUUCGCUGGCCGUGGCGACCAUCAAAGCCCUGACCACCGUGAUGCACAAGUCUCCGGCUGCCAAGGAAGUGUUCAAGGAGCGGAUCGGCUACAACCACCUGUACGAGGUGCUGGUGUCCCUGGGCCAGCCGUCCCGGCACCUCCUGAAGGAGCUCAUGAACAUGGCGGUGGAGGGCGAGCACAGCUCGGUGGGCCUGCUGGGCAUCAGCAACGUGGAGCCCCUGCUGCUGCUGGCCCAGUGGCUGCCGGAGCUGGACUCCCCCGAGCUGCAGCUCUUCACGGCCGACUGGCUCCGCCGCCUCUGCUGCCUCGACCGCCGGACGCGCGCCGUGUGCGUCAACGCCGCCAUGCCGCUGCGCCUGCUCGCCACGCUGGAGCGGCCCGGCCGGCUGCACCGCGCCUCCGCCGAGAGCCUCCUGGCGCUGCUGGGGGCGCUGGGCGCGCAGUCGCUGGGCGCCGCCGAGCUGCGCGCCUUCCUGCGGCUGCUGCGUGCGCCGGAGGCGGGCGGCGGCGGCGGCGGCGGCGGGGGCGGGGCCCACCCCUACGUGGGCGCCGGGCUGCGGGCGCUGCUGACCAUGGUGCGGCGGCCGGGGCUGGAGUGCGCCAUGCAGUACUUUGACCUGUCGCCCGGCAUGGCGGGCGUGGUGGUGCCCACGGUGGCGCGCUGGCCCGGCGCGGCCUUCAGCUUCCUGGCGUGGCUGUCGCUGGACCAGGAGCAGCUGGACACGCCGGGGAAGGGCGACAAGAGGAAGCAGCUGUACAGCUUCUUCACCCCGGGCGGGACGGGCUUCGAGGCCUUCAUCAGCUGGGCCGGGCUCCUGGUGGUGGCAGUGUGCACCAAGAAGGAGUACGCCACGGUCAUGCUGCCCGACUACUGCUUCUGCGACUCCCUCUGGCACAGCGUGGGCGUGGUCCACGUCCCGGGGAAGAGGCCCUUCGGCCAGAGCCUGGUCUACAUCUACGUGGACGGGCAGCAGAAGCUGUCGGCCCCCCUCAAGUACCCCGUCAUGACCGAGCCCUUCACCUCCUGCUGCAUCGGCUCGGCGGGCCACCGCACCACCACGCCCCCGCCCUCCCAGAUCCCCGACCCGCCCUUCCUGACCCCCACCACCCCCUCGGGGCGGACCUCCCUGGGGGGCAUCCUGUCGUCGGCGGGCGGGGCCUGGGGCGGGCUGCUGGGCGGCGGCGGCGGCGGCGGCGGCGGCGGCGGCGGCUCGGUCACCAAGCUGAUCUCGGCGGGCACCCAGGACAGCGAGUGGGGCAGCCCCACCUCGCUGCAGGGCCAGCUGGGCGGGGUGAUGGUGUUCCACGAGGCCCUGCAGCCCGCGCACGUCAAGGCCGUGUGCAGCGCCGGUCCCAACUGCAUAUCCCCCUUCAAAACUCAGGAGGCGGAGCUUGGCGACCUGUCGACCAAACUGCUGCUUCACUAUUCGCCCAAGGCGUGUAUGAACCCCAUCUGUCUGGAUCUGUCCCCCAACCUGCUCCACGGGCGCCUGACCGGCAACAAGGUGGUGAACUGGGACAUCAAGGACAUGAUCAACUGCGUGGGGGGCGUCCACGUGCUCUUCCCCAUCCUGGAGCAGCUGGCCCUGGUGGCCCCCGAGCAGCCCAGCGGAGAGGCCCCCCCGGGGCCCGAGCACAUCAGCCCGGACGUGACCCCGCCGGGCGACGGCGACUGGGUCAUCCUGCCCACCAACCGGGCCUCGGAGGCCCGUCUGGAGAAGAACCUGGUGGCGUCCUUCCUGCUGGUGCUGAAGCACUUCCUGCAGAGACACCCCAUCAACCAGGAGAGCCUGUUGCACGCCCACGGGGUGGCCUCGCUGGGCACGCUGCUGCAGAAGUUGCCGGCGGGCAGCGUGGACGUGAGCGUGCUGGUGGCGGUGCAGCUGCUGGUGGAGCAGGUCACCUACGAGAAGAACCCCGCUCUGCUGCAGCAGCUCCAAACCCACCUGCUCUUCAACUGCAGCACCUGGAGCCAGGGGGACUUCCCCACCCGCAUCGGUCACAUCCAGUACAUGUCCACCAUCGUCAAGGACAACAGGAAGCAGUUCCGCAAAAGAUUCGGCGUCCAGUUUCUGCUGGACACCAUCAGAAUGUUCUACGGGAGGAGCUCUUGCCGGGAGAGCGACAUGAGCGAGGAGGACGUGGGCACGGUGCGCGUCUCUCUCUGCGGCCUGCUCAAGUACUACAUCAGCAAGGGCAUGUCCCAGGACGAGAUGCACAGCAUUCUGGGAUACAUCGCCGCCAUCGGGGACGAGGAACAGCUGUGCUCCCUGCUGGAGCUGCUGAUCGGUCUGCUCCAGACCAGCCCGGCCCGUGACCAGCUGGUGCUGCUGCUGUUCGAGGCCGGGGCGGCCGACUCCUGCUACGCCCUGCUGCUCAACACCAAGUACUCGGACCGCCUCCGGGAGCUGGUCUUCAAGCUGUUUGAGCGCAUGCUGCGCUGCGACCGCGUGUACGAGCGCAGCAAGCAGCGUCUGCGUCUGCGCGAGGCGGGCUACUCCGGCCUGUCGCUGCUCUUCCCCGACGCACACCUCAACCCCAGCUUGGUGCGCUGCCUGCUCACCCAGGUGCUCCACACAGAUAAUGUGGUGAACUAUAAGGACCUGAUGGCUCUGCUGCAGUUGACCCACCGGGCCAAACCCAGUGUACGACUCAUCGUGUGCAAGAGGGUGCACCAGCUGCUGCAGACGCAGCCCGACGCGGCGCAGCAGAUCGCCCGGCAGCAGUGCUGGCAGGACACUCUGAUGAGGCUCUUCCUGCGGUCGGGCGGCGGCGGCGGCGGCGGCGGCGGCGGUCCCGACGCCAUCAGCAACUGCAGCCUGGACCUGGGCCGGUCGGGCGGGGGGGCGGCGCGCCUGGACCUGCCCCUGGAGCGGAGGGGCCGCGCGGGGAGCCGGGACCGCCACGGCGGCGGCGGCGAGGAGGACCGGCUGAGCAUGGGCGACGGGCGCUCGCUGGACAGCCUGGAGAACGGCGGCGGCGGCGACGCGGUCUCGCUUCUGGACACGCCCUCCUCGGCCGCCGCCACGCCCCGGCCCUCCUGGGGCGCGGCGGGGGGCCGGGGCCCCGGGGGCCUCACCCUGGACCUGUCCCACGUCCAGGGCUACGAGGGCGGGGAGAGCGGCGGCAGCACGCCGUCGCCGCUGGACGGCGCCGCCAGGGCCUUCCCGGCGCCGGGGGCCGGCGGGGAGCGGGACGCCACACCGUCGCUCGGCGACGACAGCUUCCUGUUCAGCGACACCGCCUCGCUGGGGGAGUCCUUCAACGGCACGGAGCGCGUGGACGAGGAGCUGUGCGGCAUGCUGCUGGACACGGUGCUGUGGGUGAUGUGGCGGGGCGUGGAGGGCUCGGACGAGGGGGCGUGGCUGGAGCGCGGCCAGGUGUUCUCCGCCCUCACCAAGCUGGGCACGGCCAAUGAGCUGCUGAUGCCCGUCGACCACAUCAAGCUCCGCCUGAUGGAGCGCAUGCUGGAGUGGGCGGUGGCGGACAACCGGGAGGCGGCGGCGGCGGCGCUGCCGCAGCACACGGAGAACGCGGUGCGGCUGCUGCACGCCGUGCAGGACUUCCUGCAGGCGGAGGGCCUGGUGAGCCCCGCGCUGUGGAGCGACAAGGUGCUGGAGGAGACGCUCACGCUCAUGGACUGCCUGAUGGUGUGGUACGCCUCGGGGGACCAGUGGCUCCGGCUGUCCCAGGUCGGGCUGCGGCUGCUGCUGGGCUUCAUGGCCCAGGAGGACCCCCAGGUGUGUGCCAUGGCCACGGCCAAGCUCAACGGCAUCCUGCAGACCAAGGUGGUGGCGAGCCAGGACGAGGCCUGCUACCUGCUGGGCAAGGUGGAGGGGAUCCUACGGCGGGCGCUCUACUCGCAGGGCGGCGACGACGACGCCAUCGUGACGGACACCUACUCCUUCCUGGUGCCGCUGAUGCGCACGCUGCUGUCCAAGGUGCACCGGCUGCUCUACAUGGAGCUGCACCUGCCCCAGCUGCCCGACACCAGCGGCGGGCCCACCUUCUUCGAGGACUUCCAGGCGUACUGCCGCUCGCCCGAGUGGCGCGUCUACCUCGACAAAUACAUCAUCCCGUACAUGAAGCAGUACGAGAUCGAGACCUUCAGCCAGGGCCACGAGACCAUGGCGCUGUACUGGAAGGAAUGCCACGAGGCCUACAUGGUCAGCCUCCACCGGCGGGAGCGGGAGCGUGGAGAGAGCAAGAUCCGCUUCCAGGAGCAGUUUGUGGAGCCCUUCUCGCGCCGCAGUCGCCAGGAGAACCUGCGCUACAACAGCAUGCUGAAGCAGCAGCACAGCCAGACGGCCGCCGCCCUCCGCCAGUGGAAGGCGGCCCGGAGGGGGCACGUCUGUGAGAGAGGCCCCUGGGCCGACAGGCAACAGGACGAGAUGCACUGGCGGGUGUCCAGCGCCGAGAACUACUCGCGGAUGAGGCUGAAGCUGGUCCGCAACUACAACUACGACCCGCACCGCGAGGCCAGCGCGCUGCGCGACAACCUGGGCGUGCAGCAGCAGCGGGUGAACGCUGAGUCCCUGCUGCUGGAGGCGGUGAAGCAGGUGAAGGUGAGCGACCUGGAGGACGACAUCUUGGACCUGCCUGAGGAGGACCCCGUUGCCGCCGCCGCCGCCGCCGGCAACAGCCAGCAGGCCGAGGCGGAGGAGGCGGGCCAGAAGGAGAAGCUGGUCCUGGGGGAGGACUGUGAGCUGGUGACGGUGGUGGACGUGGUGCCCGGGCGCCUGGAGCUCACCACGCAGCACAUCUACUUCUACGACGGCAGCCAGGACAAAGAGGAGGGCGUGGGUUAUGACUUCAAGUGGCCGCUGUCGUUGAUCCGCGAGGUCCACCUGCGGCGGUACAACCUGCGCCGCUCGGCUCUGGAGAUCUUCCUCAUCGACCAGACCACCUACUUCCUCAACUUCAAGAAGGAGGCGCGGAACAAGGUGUACAGCCGCAUGAUGCUGCUGCGCUCGCUGGGCGUGCACGCCACCCGAUCCCCCCAGGAGCUGCUCAAGGCCUCUGGGCUCACGCAGAAGUGGGUAAACCGGGAGAUCUCCAACUUUGACUACCUGAUCCAGCUCAACACCAUCGCAGGCCGCACCUACAACAACCUGGCCCAGUACCCUGUGUUCCCCUGGAUCCUGUCGGACUACACCUCUGAGGAGCUGGUCCUUGAGGACCCCCGUGUGUACCGGGACCUGUCCAAGCCCGUGGCGGUGCUCAACGAACGCAACGCCAAGGCCGUCCGGGAGAAGUACGAGAGCUUCGAGGACCCCACGGGCACCAUCGACCGCUUCCACUACGGCACCCACUACUCCAACGCGGCGGGCGUCAUGCACUACCUGAUCCGCGUGGAGCCUUUCACCUCCCUGCACAUCCAGCUGCAGAGUGGCCGGUUCGACUGCGCCGACCGUCAGUUCCACUCCAUCCCGGCCACGUGGCAGGCCCUGAUGGACAACCCCAACGACGUCAAGGAGCUCAUCCCAGAGUUCUUCUACUUCCCAGAGUUCCUGGAGAACAAGAACGCCUAUGAUCUGGGUCGGCUGCAGAUCUCCAAGGAGAGGGUGGACCACGUGCUGCUGCCCAAGUGGGCCAAGUCUCCGGAGGACUUCAUCUACAAGCACCGCAAGGCGCUGGAGUCGGAGCACGUGUCGGCCCACCUGCACGAGUGGAUCGACCUCAUCUUCGGCCACAAGCAGAGGGGGCCCGCGGCCGUGGAGGCCCUCAACGUCUUCUACUACUGCACCUACGAGGGGGCGGUCGACCUUGACGCCAUCACGGACGAGAAGGAGCGAAAGGCGGUGGAGGGGAUGAUCAGCAACUUUGGACAGACCCCCUGUCAGCUGCUGAAGGAACCCCACCCUGUGCGUCUCUCUCUGGAGGAGGCGGAGCGCAGGACGUCCCGCCUGGACAGCUGUCCUCUGACCGUCUUCAAACACCUGACUGAACUCAAGUCCUUCUUCAUAGAGGGAAUCAGUGACAACGUGCCACUGAUCAAGGCGGUCGUACCAAAGAACCAAUCACAUUCCUUCAUGACUCAGGGCAGCCCCGACAUCAUGGUGACGGUGAGUCAGAACUGUCUGCUGGGCACCCACGGGUGGCUGCCCUACGACAAGAACAUCUCCAACUACUUCACCUUCAUCAAGGACCCCACCGUGGCGCAUCCCAAGACCCAGCGCGUGCUGGCGGGCCCCUUGGCCCCGGGCGUGGAGCUGGCGGCGGGCCUGUUCGUGGUGUCCCACGACGGCAGGCUGCUGUUCAGCGGGGGCCACUGGGACAACAGCCUGAGGGUCACCUCCCUGCUCAAGGGCAAGGCCGUGGGGCAGCACAUCCGACACAUGGACAUUGUGACGUGUCUGGCCACUGACCACUGUGGCAUCCAUCUGAUCUCCGGUUCCCGGGACACCACCUGCAUGGUGUGGCAGGUCCUGCAGCAGGGCGGCGCUCCAGUGGGGCUGUGCCCCAAGCCGGUGCAGGUGCUGUACGGACACACGGACGAGGUGCUCAGCGUCAGCAUCAGCACGGAGCUGGACAUGGCCGUGUCGGGCUCCAGGGACGGCACGGUGAUCAUCCACACGGUGCGGCGGGGCCAGUACAUGCGCUGCCUGCGGCCGCCCUGCGAUAGCUCCCUGCCCCUCUCCAUCCUGCACCUGGCCGUCUCCUGGGAGGGACACCUGCUGGUGCACACCUGUCUGGAGGGCAAGGCCUCCCUCAAGGACAAGAACGCGCUGCACCUGUACUCGGUCAACGGGAAGCACCUGGCCAGCGAGCCCCUCCAGGAGCAGGUGACGGACAUGAGCGUGUCCCAGGAGUACGUGGUGUUGGGCAGCGAGCAGGGAUACCUGUCCAUCAGGGACCUGUACAGCCUGUCUCUGUGCGCGGCGCCCCUCGCCAUGCGCGUGCCGGUGCGCUGCGUCUCGGUCACCAAGGAGCAGAGCCACGUGCUGGUGGGGCUGGACGACGGCAAGCUGAUCGUGGUGGGCGUGGGCAAGCCGGCCGAGAUGCGACCGGGCCCGCUGAUUGGUCGAAAGCUGUGGGGCUCCAGCAGCCGCCGGCUCACCCAGAUCUCGGCCGGCGAGACCGAGUACCACCAGGGUGGAGGGGGCAACCAGCACGGGGACUGAGCCCUCCCCCCCCCACCACCACCACCACCACCACCACCACCCUGCAACCAUACGCUCUGUCUACACCCACGCACACAGCCACAGCCUGUCAUCCUCCUAGCAGCACCUUCACCCCCCCCCCCCCAAUCCCCCCACCAAGAACCAGCCAGCACGCCACCUACAGCGAUUCGCUGCUCCGUUUGAAAAGGGGUGUGUGUGUGUGUGUGUGUGUGUGUGUGUGUGUGUGUGUGUGUGUGUGUGUGUGUGUGUGUGUGUGUGUGUGUGUGUGUGUGUGUGUGUGUGUGUGUGUGUGUGUGUGUGUGUGUGUGUCUCCCCCUGGUGCAGGCGCCAUGGGGGCUGGCUCCACCCCCCCCCCCCCCCCCAACAGCCUAGCACCAUGACACCUUGUGUGUGACAUUCAGUGCGUGUGUGUGGACACGCGCGACCACAAAUCACUUUCUCCGUCGCCUUUUGAUCCACAAGACAAACUGCUCGACUUUCGUUUUUCUUUGUUUUGGUUUGUUUUUCUUCACAGCCUUCGUUUCGUCUGAGUGCGCCGCUCGCGGGCUAACAGAGUUAGCACGGUGUCGUCGGAAUGGCGGCCGACGUUCCCCGCUGCGACUUGUCGUCGGUCUGUGGUCCGUGAGAGGUCGUUGGAGCGCGCGACUCUGCUUUGUUGUUGUUUAUUUGUUUGACGUGUUUGUUUCAUGGCUCUCUUUGGUCGUUUGCCAUCGCUGGUUAGGACAGUGUGGUCAGACCCUGACGCAUGCGCCCUGUACUUUGGCCUCGCCAUUCGAGUGACGGAGAUUGGACAAAGGCGUGUCUGUUUGCAAAAAGAAUCGGUUAUUUUUCUUGUACCUCCAUAACUGAACCAAAACACUAACGCACACGUGCACGCACACACUACAGAUACAUGAGGAAACCAAUUUACAGACAACACUACCCUUUCCCCGGGCCGUCUCUGCUUGUAACACACAACGGUUACUUGAAUCGACCUCGGUUGCUUGAUUUUUUGUAAUUUAUUCGUGUUAUUUUUUUAAAUUCCAGUACCCUACUUGCCAUCACGUGGCUGAGACUGCAUUUAAAGUCAUGGUGGCACCAAGGCAGGGGCUGGUGCGUCGGCAUGAUUAAAGGGCUCUCUGUGACCUCAUUCUCUCCCCUCUGACGUCAUCCUCUUCCCUCUGACGUCAUCCUCUUCCCUGUGACGUCAUCCUCUUUCCCUGUGACGUCAUCCUCUUUCCCUGUGACGUCAUCCUCUUUCCCUCUGACGUCAUCCUCUUUCCCUGUGACGUCAUCCUCCUUCCCUGUGACGUCAUCCUCUUUCCCUGUGACGUCAUCCUCUUUCCCUGUGACGUCAUCCUCUUUCCCUGUGACGUCAUCCUCUUUCCCUCUGACGUCAUCCUCUUUCCCUCUGACGUCAUCCUCCUUCCCUGUGACGUCAUCCUCUUUCCCUGUGACGUCAUCCUCUUUCCCUGUGACGUCAUCCUCUUCCCUGUGACGUCAUCCUCUUUCCCUGUGACGUCAUCCUCUUCCCUGUGACGUCAUCCUCUUUCCCUGUGACGUCAUCCUCUUUCCCUGUGAAGUCAUCCUCUUCCCUGUGACGUCAUCCUCCUUCCCUGUGACGUCAUCCUCUUUCCCUGUGACGUCAUCCUCCUUCCCUGUGACGUCAUCCUCUUUCCCUGUGACGUCAUCCUCUUCCCUGUGACGUCAUCCUCUUUCCUUGUGACGUCACCAUUAAUCCUGUGGCGACAUUGAGUUUAACAGGAAUGCUACUACUUGUUUUUUUAUUCAUUUUUCCAAGACUCAACGGUAGAUGAUCACUCUCCCAAUCCACUCCACAUGCACACACACACACACACCCGCGCCCCAAUUUCCACCCACUUUUGUAUGCUUGUGACAUUCAUGUGUGUGUGAGCGCUCAGCCCCUCAUGGGGUCGACGCGUUUACGAUUGUGGCGUUAGUAAAUGUCCGUCUCUACACUCAACAGACAGUUGGUUGAAAGUGUGAAUUUUUCUUGAGCCAAAUCAAUCGUAGAUUUGUGAUUUGUGAAUGCGUUUUUGAAAGCAUUGCAUCAUCAUCAUCAUAAUCAUCAUCAUCCUCACCUGCCCCCCUCCCUUAGUUUGGGCUGAGUGGCAUCACCCAGUAGCCUUUGAACAUGGAGGGGGACUCAAGAGUACACGGAUGCCCAGCUGGGUCCAUCAUACGAGAAACGUUGCAGUAUUUAAAGACCAAGGGUUCUUUAUGGGUCCUUUCUUAAAAUGUUUAGGGUUUGUUUGGUUUUUUAAAAAUAAUCGGCCUGUUCUCUUUGUAUAUUUGUACAUCUCUCUUAUCAUCGUUCGGCAAACUUUUGCUCUGCGGGUUUUGGAUUUCGAUUUUUUUCUUUCAGGGUUUUUCCAACACUUUUUAGUUUUUAAGUUUUUCCGAGACGGUAACGAAUGCAGUGCCUUUUUCCUCGUUAUGUAGCGCAGGACGAGGUCCUUAGCAUUUUAUCACGCAGGUUAUCCCUUUAGCUGUCGUAGUUCAACACUAUCAUUCCAAGACUAACUAAACCCCCAACCUCAACACCCAGUCUCACAGGAACCAAAAGUUCAAAAGGAAAUCAACUAACGAAAAAAUAUAACUAUUUUGUGUCUUACCUUUGCCUACACAUCCUUUGUGACUGUCCCCAGAAUGGAUAUCUGUGUGUGUAUAUCUGUGAUUAUUUAUGAAGACAGUAUAUAAUGUACAGCAUGAUUUUUAUUUCAACGUAUUUGAAAUGUACUUUUCUGCACUUUCCAGGUACUAAAUUGUAACAAAUUAUUUUAAUCUGUCUGCCCCGAAAAAUCUGUACAGAAAAAUUUGCUUUGUAUACACUAGUGAGAAAUGAUUAUUAAAGUCUUGUCUAAAUUGAAA